AGAUAUCAACUCGCUAGCCGGGGAUGCCGAGAAUUUUCUCAAAUUAAACGCGACAAUGAAUGAUUCCAAUAUUUCUCUGUUAACUCCAAGAGACGAUACCACAGACCAAAAAACUCCCCGAUACGAAUCUCCUAGAAAAAUACCUCUCAGUAUACCUGAUAAACUUACAGAUGAUUGGCUAGAAUCGCUACCUCUUCUGUCAAUCAGAGAGGAUGGGGAGGAGUUUGUUGGAGAAGUCCUUCAUUCAUUGGUGGAGAAGGUGGAGCAGGAGGAGCCAUAUGAGGAAUUCAGAAAUCUGUGUCAACUGAAACCAACAGACGAUUGUACAGCUUCUAAUCUGACUGAUAAUAAAAUAAAAAAUAGAUACAGAAACGUUCUUCCCUAUGAUGUGAACCGAGUUAAAUUAAAGGGAAGUAAGAAUGAUUAUAUUAACGCUAGUUAUAUUAAUAUUGAUAUAGAAGAUACCCAACUCAGGUAUAUAGCCUGUCAAGGUCCCCUACCUAAUACAGUAGAUGAUUUCUGGUUAAUGUGUUGGCAGGAGGAGGUAUCAGUGGUUGCCAUGUUGACACUAGACGUAGAAUCACGAAGAGUUAAAUGUCAUCGAUAUUGGCCUGAUUCUCCAAUAGAAACUCUAGAUAUUUGUGAUGGUGAAUAUGAGGUUAAUCUAAAAUCUAGUCAGAGUUUAAAUGAUAUAGAUAUUAGAUAUAUUAAUAUUACACAUUGUCCUAGUGGCAAGAUAAAACAUAUUAUACAUCUCAACUAUACAACCUGGCCAGACCAUGGUACACCACAAUCAGCUAUUCCAAUCUUACAGUUCCUGAGACUAUUACACCUCUUACAUACUGGUGGUCCGAUUGUUGUUCAUUGUAGUGCUGGUAUUGGUCGUUCAGGAUCGCUGAUGACUAUUGAUAUAGCUCUGUUAUAUAUGGAACAUAUGCUUCCGUUUAAUAUUUUUGAAAUUGUUAAAUAUCUUCGACAACAGAAAUAUGGUAUGAUUCAAACCAAGGAUCAAUAUCUGUUUUGUUAUACAGCCUGUAUGCAGGUGCUGCUCAGUGUAGCAGGUUGA